AUUCAUCCACAUGGCACGUACAUCGUAGAUUAAUACGAGAUAUCAAAAACCCAAGAACAUCAUCAAUGUCAAACAUAUUCGCAAACGACGAACGAUUGAUCGAGUAAGAUUUUUAGUCGGUUUAACUUUUAGGACCAAGCAGAAGAAAGUUGGAUGUCACGAGGCAACGAGGUGAAGGGUGGUAUAAAUAGCCCGAGUUUUGAGGACAUGGUGCUGAAAUAGAAAGCUAAUACAAGGAAAAAGAAAAUGAGGAAAGUGGAGGACAACUCCGUGCCAAUGCCAAACCCCGAGAUCAACAACACCAGCACCGAUGAAGAAGCAAUCACCGAUGCCGGUAACUCUUCUCAAUCCAAUGAUAAUCUCAAAGAUUGGUCAACUUUCCCGGUUGCCAGAUUACCCUCUCGUAACACCUCCUCCAAGUACGAUUUUGUCAAGGUGAAGGUGUGGUUGGGAGAUAAUGCGGAUCACUAUUAUGUAUUGUCGCGGUUUUUGCUCAGCAGGAUGUUGACAGUGACCAAGAUUCCAAAUCAUGUUGCUAUUAAAAUUGCAUUGGAACUCAAGAAGCUGCUUGUAGAUAAUAGCCUUUUAGAUGUCUCCCAAUCUGAUCUGGAAGCUAAUAUUUUCAAGCUCAUGGAGCGACGUGGUUAUGGGGAAGAGUACAUAAAUCGUUAUAAGAUGAUGACAAGAUUUCACCAUCAAAGGGUCCCCUUGGUGAUUCUUGUAUGUGGAACUGCCUGUGUUGGGAAGUCAACCAUUGCCACCCAACUUGCACAGAGACUUAAUCUCCCAAAUGUGUUACAGACAGAUAUGGUUUAUGAAUUACUACGCACAUCAACAGACGCUCCAUUGACGUCUACUCCUGUAUGGGCACGAGAUUUUAGCUCUCCAGAGGAGUUAAUUACUGAAUUCUGUAGAGAAUGCAGGAUUGUUCGUAAAGGUUUGGCUGGUGAUUUAAAGAAAGCUAUGAAAGAUGGAAAGCCUAUAAUAAUUGAGGGAAUACAUUUGGAUCCCAGUAUAUAUUUGAUGGAUGAUGAAAGUAAGUCACCAGCUAAUGUUUCAGCAAAAGAUAUUGAAAACAAUCCUUUAUCAGCAACAUCAGAUGAUAAAAGUGCAAAACAAAUGGAGCGUAGUUGUCUAGUUGUUCAUCAAUGUAAAAAAGGGAACGGCACCUGUAUUAAAUGUUCUCAUUCGAAAGAAUGCAUGCACACCAACCAAGAGAAUGAAGGGUUAGACUCUCUAGAAGCUGUGGGUAUAGCAGGAAAUAGCUCUGGAAUUACAGAAGAAACCCACAAUAAAGAGGAGACAAAUAGAUCUGCUUCUGUCAAGAAAGAGAAGUCUGGUGCUGAGCCAAUAAUAAUACCCAUAGUCUUAAAAAUGGCUGAAUUUGAUCACAAGGCACUACUCGAGGAAUGGAUCUCCCCUCGAACAUUUAGUGACAAAUGUCCUCUCCAGGAUAAAAGUAAGCUUAUAGCUAAUUUAAAGACCAUUCAGGGCUACCUUUGCUCGUUCAAAUCACAGGGUUUAAUAGUAGUUAAUAUAUCAGCGACUACAUUUCCACAAACACUAGAUUGGCUGCAUGGAUAUAUUCUGCAGGUGGAGAAUUCCCACAUACUGUAACAAUGGCUCAUCAACUCAUUCCCAAGGUUCCAGCUUCUCUUUGACAAAAGUUUCAUCAAGACAGUGACAUAAAAAACUAUUCCUGGUUGAGGUUUGGCCAAAAUAUAUGCUCCUUGUUGUGUACAAUUUUAACUUAAUAAAUAUUAGCUUCUUGCUCAAGAUAAUAAUUUUUACAAAAGGGUUAUGUUCGUUUGAAGAUUGAAAUUCCGUUUGUCUUUGUCUCGGGGUUAUGGAAUCAGUUUGGACCAUUUGGGUGAUGUAUCAGAAUAUGGAUAAAAUGAAUCCUAUUGUUGUACUAGUCCCAACGAAUCAAAAUCUUCUAAUGGGACAGGUCAAUCCCAAUCUGUUAA